AUGUCAACGCUGAUGCUAAACCUCACACAGGAGUGGGCUGAGAGUCUGCGGAGGUGGCACCUUGAUUCUUUUUUCAUACCUACUGUAGUUAUCACUCUAGCCACCUUGCUGGCCAACCCUGUUCUCCUGAUAUGCAUUUUCCUGUCCCGCGCCUUGCGUCAGGAGACCCGCUAUCUGCUGUUGGCUAACACCCUGACAGCAGACAUCAUUUUCCUCAUCCUCAACCUGACCAUAGUGAUCUGUAACGCCGUGAGAGCUCAGAUACACUGGCGAGUCUGUGAGCUCAUCACGGCUGUCACCGUCACCGCCUACUGCUCCGCCAUCCUCACCGUCACCGUCAUGGUGGUCGACACCUACGCCGCCGUCCGCUGGCCCCUCCAGUACCACGACAUCCUUCCCCCUGCACGCACCCACCGCAUUCUGGUGGGGAUGUGGGUGCUGGCAGCCCUGUACCCUUUGACCGUGUUAAUCUUGAUGGAAGUACAGAGUCGAAAUCCCCACGAAAGGGUUCCUGUGUGUCUGGCUCUCAUCUCCUUCUCCUUCCUUCAGAUCCAGAACACGUUGGGGGUCCACAUCUACUUCUUUGUGGCAGCGGUCAUCUGUGCCUUACUGAUUUUUUACUGCUACAUUCGGCUCUACAUGGUGACGAGAACGCAAGGAAUCUGGCAGAGCCGCUUCUCCAGGGCCCGGGUCACGCUGCUGGCCCACGCGGUUCUGCUCCUGCUCUACUUUGUCCCCGGCUUUAUUUUUAUAAUGGAGCUGUACUUGUUCCAAAGGAAAGAUAUAAGUCAAGAUUUACGUGUGUGGGUCAACACAGUCAACAUGUGUGUUUUCAUGUUGCUGCCCAGAGCGUGUGCUCCGUAUCUGUACGGGCUGAGAUACAGGGAGAUCUCUGAUACUCUGAUGAUGCUGCUGCAGCGCAACGGGAGGCUCAGCCCGAACAUUGUGUCAUAA